AUGGUUCCUACGCCUCAAAAGUUAAUCAUUCAUUACCACCAUUGUUCUAUACAAGGUGUUGGUGAUAUAUUUAUAGACUCCAUAAAUGUUCAAUUGUUUUUUUUAAAAAAAGUUUUAAAUUGUCCUUUCAUACAUCUGGUUCAAGAAGUACAUCCGUUCAGCAACUAUGGUUCUUACCCCUAUGCUUUCAAUACCCUAGAAGGAAAUAUUCUAUUUGAUGUGGAAAUUAUUGACUACAUGAAAAAUAUAUACCUGUUUGACUCGAUUGAGUAUGAACCCUACUUUGGAGUAAUAAAUGAGCUGAAGGGAAUCUUGUUAUACUACCUCUGGGUAAAUGACGAGAUUUAUAACAAUUUUACCAAAAAGGUAUAUGAAAGUAGAUUUUUUUAUUUGUAUUAUGUUUAUCUAACGAGAAGGUUAAGACGAGAAAACUUUGAAAAGUGCCAAAUGACUGGAUUAAAGAAUCAUAAUUUUAAUAUAACAAGGUUGAAGACAAUUUUAAAUAUCUUGGACAACGUUUUAUGCAAUCGUGAUAAUUCCGCGCACGAAAAGCACGACAUUUGUUAUUUUGACUCUAUGUGCUUUUCUGUUUUGUCCAUACUUUAUUCCAUUCCCGCAAAAUUGAACGAGGAUCUGCAAGACGCUUUGCUCUCAAAGCCAAGUUUAAUAGAAUUUGUGAAGAGGCUCAACGAAAGGUACAAAGUAUGGGAAAAUGAAAAAUCCUUUCUAUUAGGUGUCACGGAAGCAAAGUGA